GUCUCCUGACAAAUCAAAGGGAAAGUGGGAUUUCUCAACUGUGUAAGAGUGUCUGAAAAGACGUGUGCUGUAUUUGCUGAAGUGAUAAUUGUGUUCAUAUCUAGGAAUAUUUCAUUAUCAUGCAUUUAUUCUGUAUUUGGUGAGGGGAAAACGGAGCUGUAAUAAUUUGUACUGCCUCUAAAUAUAUAGGGCCUAGGCCUGUACGGUAUUCUUCGGUGAUUUGUGGAUGUGCGAAUAACCUCUGUGAUACAGUGAGCAAUCUUACUGAAAAAAAAGACAUAAUAAGCAGACAUGAUCUACCAAAAGAUUUUAAUCUUUACUGCAUCAAUAAUUCUUAUAUUACUUGUGGUUACAAUAACAAAGACCAACAGUUUAAACCUGGAUGUUGGAAAUGCACACAUAUUUUCUGGACCAAAGAAUAGUUACUUUGGAUAUUCAGUGGCUUUCGUUAAAAACGGAAAAGAUGAAAAAUGGAUUUUGAUUGGUGCUCCUCGAGCUAAUGAUUCAAUUACCCCGCUUUUAUCAGAGCCAGGAAUACUGUAUCGAUGUCGGAAGGAUCAGCCCUUCGAAUGUACACCUGUCCCUAUCAAUUCAGGAACUGGGAGCACAUCUAAUAACUGGAUGGGCGUAUCAUUGGAUGUGGGGCUACAGCUUAUAUUGGUAUGUGGCCAUCGAUGGAUCAGUCAAAACAAUAACAUGAACGGACUUUGUGUGGAGCUGGGACGAGAUUUUGAUCAGAUACGAUCUCGUCAAUAUCUGACUGAUCCAAAUAUGCAGACUGUCGACGAUAAGCUUGUCUACGGUAUAGGUGCUAUGGGCAUGUCCUGUGCUUAUGCACCCACGGGUCAGUCAAGUGUGAUUGAGAAAGCUAUAGGAGCACCUGGUAUAUAUGAAGCUUCAGGGGGUGUGGUCAAACAUACGACCUUUGAUCAGACGACUGAUGUCAUAAAUUUCCCAACCUUGAGCCAGACCCAGGGUCAGUUGUAUGGGUAUACAGUGACCUAUGGAAAGCUGUAUGGUGGCAACGCUUACAACAUGAUAACGGGCGGACCUCGUGAUUCCAUGACCGGCCAGGUUAAAAUCCUACAGGACAAGACAAAUAACUUAGAACAGCAACUGCCCGGUGAACAGGUAGGGAGUUAUUUUGGGGCGGCCCUCGCCACGACUCCUCUACAAACUGGUGAACCGGAGUACCUUCUGGUGGGGGCUCCUAUGUACGCUGGCUAUGACAGGAUUAACUGGGAUACCAUUGCAGAGAUCGGCAAAGUUUACAUCUAUAAAUACGACUCUGGUGCUGGAAAGAUGGUACAAACACAAGCACUGAAUGGAAGUCAAUCGCAAAGAUCACGAUUUGGCACGGCCAUUGCAGGUCUUAAUGACAUCAAUGGAGACACUUACUAUGAUAUUGCCGUUGGUGCUCCCUAUGAAGAUGAAGGACGUGGAGUUGUGUAUAUAUAUAAUGGCUAUAAAGGAGGAUUCUGGCCCCUGGAGACUCAGAGGAUAAAGGGACGAGACAUAAGCUCAGAUCUGAUGACAUUUGGGGCGGCCAUUUCUAAGCCCUUCCUGUACAACAACGACACAUACUAUGACACACUGAUUGGAGCCUUCAUGUCCGACAAAGCAGUCCUGGUUUACUCCCAGCCAACCAUCAACAUGCAGGUUACCAUGGCGAUAGGUGGGCCUAUAACUAAUGACAUUGUGAAGGAGGGCACAGAAAGGUUCACUGUGGAAGUCUGCUUCUCUUACCAAGGAAAGGAUCUCCCUAAAACAGCAGUUGUGGAGUUUACAGUGGAUGUUGAUACCAAUUCUAAUGGAAAACGUCGCAGAGUCAUUCUAGAGACAGGAGGCUACAAUGUCAGUGGAAGUAAGAUUGUACAGAAAGCAUUAGAAGAAACCUGUGUCCUACCUCCGUACACUGUCAUAGUACAGUCCCAUAGUGACCUGUUUGUGCCGUUGGUAUUUUCCACCACCUAUCAAAUACGGAAUGACACAGUCAGUACAUGUAAAAACAAUGUCUGUCCAACCGUGAACACGUUCAAUGGAGCGCGGUCUAACCCGACCAUAACAGGAUUCGAUAAAGAGUUGAUGUUAGAAAGACCAGGAUGUGGAGAAGACAACGUCUGCCAAGUAGACGUUACCGUCCAGUCUAAAAUCAAAUUCAAAAAUCCAGAUACUGACUUGAUUGUUGGAGAAAAAGCCGUGUUUGAGCUAGAUGUUCAGAUGAUAAAUAACGGCCAGGACUGGGCGUAUUCACCAUAUACAGAGAUAGAGGUCCCAAGAUACAUUGACUUUAUCAUGUCGGAGCCACCAGAUGUUGCCUGUUACCAAAAGUCAUCGACAAUGCUCGUUUGUCAGAUUCCAGAGCUGUUGAAAGCUCAGGAAGUCAAAUAUUUCAAUGUAAAGUUUGACGCCUCAAAAGCUCCUGUUCAGGACUUUGUAAUCACUGUCAACGGAGAGACCAUUAGUUCUGAUACUAAUCCCGCCAACAACCAACAGGAGAUACCUGUCAGUGUGAGGUCAAAGGUCAACGAGGAAUUUCGAGGAGUUUCGUUUCCAGAGAUCUAUGUUACCAAAGAGGAAACCGAUAUGAAGCUAGUGACUCAUAAAUUUGAUUUUGAAAACAAUGGACCCAGUGAUCUAUCAUCUGAAACAGAAUUUGUUGCCAAAUUUCCUUUCCUCCGACUUAACAAUCAAGACCUGUUCGUCCUUCAACAGUACAUUGUGACCACACAACAGGACAAGGUUGUAAAUGUGUCGAGUGCCAGAAAUACAUCAGUACGGUGUUGGGUGAAUAGAGGCAACUCUAUGGAAUACAUGGCAGCGACCACUGAGGAUGGGGAGGGUGUGGUCAGUCACAGAUUCAACGUUCAAGAAUCGUUCAGUUUUGAGGGCAAUGCACAGAACAAGGACUGUCAGACAGAUGACUGUCAAUCAUUCACAUGUGGGGUGAACCCCAUACCUGCGGGGUUUGCUGUCUCCAUAACGAUGAACUUUACCCUCAAUCCAAACACAUUAGCUACGGUUCAGGCCAGUGAAAAUGAUGUUCUGAAGGAAGUGAAGAUCUCAUCUGUAGUGACUAUAAAUUACCCUGACAACCUGGCCUUGAUAGAAGAGGAUAUGGAAAGUACCCAGACGGCAACCACAACUGUUCUUCCUAACAAACCAUUAGAGGAAAGUGUUCCUGCGUGGGUCAUCAUCCUCAGCAUACUAGGAGCGUGCGUUCUCAUUGCUAUCAUCAUUCUCACCUGCUGGAAGGUGGGAUUUUUCAAGAGAAAACAGAUUCCGACAGAAGAAAGGAACAAACUUAUCAUGGUGGAGACUGGAACCACAUCUAAACCUGCUGAGGCUGCUGAAGCUGCUGAUGCUGCUGAUGCUGCCGAAGCUGAUGGAGAACCAGUUGACAAAAAAGAACUCACAGAGGAGGAGACUCUUAAUGGGGAUGUAGGAAAUGAAAAUGAGAAACAAGAUGAAACCGAAAAGCUUGUAGGCAACAGUAGUCCGGAUGACAUAACAGAAGAUAGCAAUAAAGUGUAAAGGUCAAAGUUCAUGGGAAAAAAAACUCAAAAAUAUUACCUGCCACCAAGUGUUAUUCUAGAAUUAUCUGUGUGGGUGGGUUGAGAGGCACUUGCAUUAAGAAUUGAUGGAAGAUGGGGUUAAAGCCUCAAUUUUUCCUUUAUUCUUUCUCGGGAAAAAUGCUUCCGAUCCCUCCCACAUGGAUGAUUUUAUCUAAUUGUAUUGCACUUUAAUUGGUACCAAUAUGAUUACCAGUAAAGUCUUAUUUUAUUGGUACUGAUAUGAUUACUGGUAAUGUCUUAUUUAAUUGGUAUCAAUAGGAUUACUGGUAAUGUCUUAUUUAAUUGGUAUCAAUAGGAUUACUGGUAAUGUCUUAUUUAAUUGGUAUCGAUAUGAUUACGGUAAUGUCUUAUUUAAUUGGUAUCAAUAUGAUUAUUGGUAAAGUCUUAUUUAAUUGGUAUCGAUAUGAUUACCGGUAAUGUCUUAUUUCAUUGGUAUCGAUAUGAUUACGGUAAUGUCUUAUUUAAUUGGUAUCGAUAUGAUUACCGGUAAUGUCUUAUUUAAUUGGUAUCGAUAUGAUUACCGGUAAUGUCUUAUUUAAUUGGUAUCGAUAUGAUUACCGGUAAUGUCUUAUUUAAUUGGUAUCGAUAUGAUUACCGGUAAUGUCUUAUUUAAUUGGUAUCGAUAUGAUUACCGGUAAUGUCUUAUUUAAUUGGUAUCGAUAUGAUUACCGGUAAUGUCUUAUUUAAUUGGUAUCGAUAUGAUUACUGGUAAUGUCUUAUUUAAUUGGUAUCGAUAUGAUUACUGGUAAUGUCUUAUUUAAUUUGUACUUGUGACUAUGUAAUGUAAGAAGGCCAUGUCAGUGUUAGUGAAACAUACAGAGAUGAUACAGGGGUCAGAGGUCAUGUGUUUUAAUGAGUAUUAAGUUGUAAGUUUUACCAAGUAAAGAUCUGAGUAGAGACAGAACAAGAAAGUCAUAGCAAUGGCAAAAUAUGUUGUACAAUCUUGUAAUUUUUUGGACAAUUAAAAACGAGUUGAGCCAUUACUAUGAUUAAACUAGACAGGCCAUUUCUACGAUAAACAAGUUGGGCCAUUACUAUGAUAAAACAAGUUGGGCCAUUUCUAUGAUAAAACAAGUCAGGCCAUUACUAUGAUAAAACAAGUCAGGCCAUUACUAUGAUUUGUAAAAAUUUGUUAUAUUCGUGCUCAAAAACUUCUCAUUCAUACCUCGCUUAAACUUUAAGAUGACGCAUGUUAAUUUACAAAAUUUUGAGGCUGAUUACGACAGAACUUCUUCUGGAUGCAAUUAAUUAUGUAUCAACUUU